UGUUGCAGAGGCGGAGUUUAGGGUCAAAGUUUUUCACAGAAUUCGGAUUGUUGUCCCUGAAAAAAUGCUGCGUUAGCCGUUAGCAACAUCGUCCCUGCAACAAAACUGCAUUCAACUCAUGUGACCCCUGAGGAAAAUGUCCCGUUAUCUGAAGCAUUUCACAGCGGUGGGCGAUGAGCAAAGCACCGCCGGACAGUGGCAUGACGAGGAACCACACGAUGCCAGUGAAGACAUCGAGCUCGCCACAGGGCAACACUUGGAGCCGGUCAGCUUCAGGGACUCCCUACGCCGCCUCUACAAAACAGAGAGGUUUCAGAUUGUUGUUGUGUGCUUGGUCGUCUUGGAUGCCAUUUUCGUUCUAUGCGAGUUGCUUAUUGACCUGUCUAUAAUUCAAGCAGAUCAUCACAGAAUCGCCCCGCAGGUAUUCCACUAUCUCAGCCUCGCCCUUCUCACAUUCUUCAUGGUGGAACUGUGUGGGAAAAUCUUUGCCUAUCGCCUAGAAUUCCUCCACCAUAAGUUUGAGGUGUUUGAUGGGAUUGUGGUGGUGGUAUCCUUUAUCCUGGAUAUUGUAUAUAUCACGAAGGAAGAUGCAUUUGAUGCCAUGGGGCUUCUGAUCUUGCUCAGGCUGUGGAGAGUGGCCAGGAUCAUUAAUGGUAUCUUGCUGUCGGUGAAAAACCGUGCCCAUCACAAAGUUCAGAAACUAAAGGAGAUCAAUGGAAACCUUGUUCAUCAAGUCAACGAACUUCAAGAGCGGAACACAAAAAUGGACGAAGAAAACGCCAGGCUCCGUGUGCUCUUAAAACAGCACAGCAUUGAGUUUUGAAGCACCGGGGUUAUUCAUUAAACGCAUCACAACAUGAGAAUGAGCUUAAGACUAAUCAUGUCUAUUCGUUCCACAUGAAAUGUGAAGAAGGUCAUGUUACAGUGAUGUUUAUUGUCACUCGAUCUCCGUCCCCUGGCAGAUCUUUAGCGGCACAAAUAAGGGCAGAUGGUUUAUAAAGCCAGUGACCCAUGUAGGUCAAAUAAAAAAACAAA